AAAUCUGUGGAUAUCUGCCUUAUCUAGAUUUGAGAUCAUAAACUUUCAAAGCGGGAAGGAGGAGAAUCUUGAAGGCUUGUUGAGCAAGGGAAAUGAUGUGUUCAAUCUGGAGAUUGAGGCAGAUGCAGACGUGCUUAUGCUGGGCUUUUCAUUUAAAGAAGGGGAAACAUGGAGUGGUCACUAAUCCCUGAAAAUGACCCCAGCAGCUACACCCCCCACUUUGGAGAGGUACAGGACUGAGGAGACUAAGAAAAGAUUGUCAUGGAAAAAAAAAACAGGGUGACAUCACUCCAUGUUUUACUGAAGCUGCGGGGAGCAUAAAGGUGAAGAGGUUCCCAUAACACAUGCCAGAUAACGUGAAAGGACCUAUGUCAUGCAUUGGGCGUAGCAUGCAUCUUCUGCGCUGUGAUAAAUUUUCAUGCCAAGACCUGGAGGUUGAAGUUGACUGCUUACUUCAAUGGGGUCACACUGUAUAACCACGAAGCCUGAGGUGUCUUUCUUGAUUAAACAUCACCUUUAAGAGGAAACAUGGAUCCCAUAAACUCAACUGAAAAAAAUUACACAUCAGAAGAACUAUUUAAAACAGUAACAUCAAAGAUUCUUGUUUCAUUUACUCUUUCUGUGCUGGCCCUAAUGACAACAGCUAUCAAUUCUCUAGUGAUGACUGCGAUAAUUGUUACAAAGAAGCUCCAUCACCCUGCCAAUUAUUUAAUCUGCUCCCUUGCAGUGACUGAUUUUCUAGUUGCUGUUCUAGUGAUGCCCUUCAGCAUUAUGUAUAUUAUGAAUGAGACCUGGAUCAUGGGACAAGUAAUGUGUGACGUCUGGCUGAGCGUCGACAUUAUGUGCUGUACCUGUUCAAUCCUACAUCUCUCUGCUAUUGCUUUGGAUCGGUACCGAGCAAUCACAGAUGCUGUGGAGUAUGCCAGGAAAAGAACACCUAAACACGCAGCCAUCAUGAUUGCAGUGGUGUGGAUCAUAUCCAUUUUUAUCUCUAUGCCUCCUUUGUUUUGGCGACAUCAAACAGCCAACAAGGAUGAUGAAUGCAUCAUCAAACACGACCACAUAGCUUUCGCCAUUUAUUGCACAUUUGGAGCCUUUUACAUCCCGCUGGCAUUGAUUCUUAUCCUUUAUUAUAAAAUCUACAAAGCAGCAAAGACAUUUCACAGAAGGAGUGUAAGCCGCAUUGUAAGAGAGGAGGUAAAUGGACAAGUGCUCUUGGAACCGGGUGAAAGGAGCACCAAAUUGGCUUUGACGCACUACACAACAGAUAAAACAUCUGAUCCCUCAGCAGACUUGGAUAAAAUCCAUAUCACAUUACGAAGCCCUGAGUCCAAGCAAACCUGGAAAAAACAAAGAAUCUCUAGCACGAGAGAACGAAAGGCAGCAACUACCUUAGGCUUGAUUUUGGGAGCAUUUGUGAUCUGCUGGCUCCCCUUUUUUGUAAAGGAAGUUGUUGUUAACACCUGUGCAAAUUGUCACAUUUCAGAAGAAAUGUCCAAUUUCCUGGCAUGGCUGGGAUACAUCAAUUCUCUUAUUAACCCACUUAUCUAUACAAUCUUUAAUGAAGACUUCAAGAAAGCAUUUCAGAAGCUUGUGCGAUGUAGGCAAUGACAGAGUAUUUGUUCUUAUACUGAACCUGGAAAAAGUGGGGUUUUUUUAAAUUAUAUAUGUAAUUUAUAAAACUUCUAAAGAGAAACAUUUGUUGUGCUGAGGAAAGACAUACACACACCCCUUUGUCUCAGUAGCACUUUGCAGUGUAAACAGAUUCUCUUGUGGUCAUUGUUGUGCUGGAAGAGAGAAGUUCCAUACACAGGAGAGCCUCAUUCCUGCACAGAAACAUAUGCCACUGCUUGGCUUUAAGCAUACAAUUGGGCCUAGUAAACUACUUAUGUGCUUAAAGUUCAGCUCAUUCUUAAGUCUUUGCAGGAUCAGGUCCCAAAACAUCACUCGUUGAUCAUGCUACCUGGCUAAAUGCUUAAUUGCUUGCUUAGGCAAAGCCUACCCACCCUCAGUGGGUAUUGAUCAAGUAAAAGUCAGCCAGGAUUUGGUCCAUCAAGUAUUUAUGAAAAGGGACGAUACACCUUUUCCCUUAAGGGCUCAGUCAUACAAUUUAGGCACAGGCUUAAGACGGGGAUAGUGCAGAGUCACCCUAUCCCCGCCAUCCCUAGGCAGGGAGCACUCUUCAGGAUAUGCAACAUAUUGCCCCCCCCCAUACACCCAUCUUCUGAGGUGCAGCCAGCACCCUGCCUCUUACCACCUCCAUUUGGGGGUGGUAGGAGAGGGAGUAUACCCCUGGGGCACACAUUGAGGGACUAGGGUCUGCCUUCCCCUUCUAGCACAGAAGGCUCUCCAACUGGAUACGGUAGUCCAUUGAGAAUAAGCAUUGUGUCCCCUCUGCCAUCUCACACCCCCACACAAAGAAUGGUCACAAGCUUGACCUACAGGUGAUGAACAAACAGACAGCGCUUCCAGGGUGCAGUGGGGAUAGUUCAUUGUUUAAGUGGUGACUAAAGAGCCUUCAGUUGCCACGGAAGUGUCAGAUGGCCAAGCUAUGGGUAUGUAAAUGUCAGGAAAGGUAUAGAAUGUCUCCCUGCUUGUGCUCCUUCUCCAGUCCUCAAAUACUAAGCACAAGCACUGUCCUUGUACUCCCUUGAAGAAAAAGGCUUCAAGGAAAAGGCACCCCUUGGAGUCCCAGCCUUCUCAAGAAGGCAGGGGGAACAGCCCCAUCCCAGAGAUAGCAAACUUUUCUUUGCACACCUGAUAGCUAACACCUCUGAAAGACUGUUGGUCAUGCCACCCCCACUGCUAACCUAACCCACACACCAAUUGGGUGUGGUUCACUGUCCCAUGUAGUGACAUUUAGACCGCUUACAGUGAGAGAGUGAGUUUGCGCUACAGCCUAAGCUGAGCGCCAGCUGGCUUUUCACUCCAGCAAUAGAUGCUCCUACACUAAGCAUCAGAGGUUCUAGGCUUGGUUCCGUUUGUCAGUAUUAUGCUAGGCCUGUGGCCACAACCAGACCAGUACUUUACAGACCAGUAAUUCAUAACCCGUCAGCACUAAUAAUAUACCCAUUUGCCCAGCAAAGCCAUUGGCUUUAUCAGCCUGUGUUCGUUACCUACCACAUUCAAGUAUGUCUUCUAACAGUCAUCAGAACUUGGGCUAAUCCUAAUGUCAAAGUCAGAGCAAGCAGCAGUGCAGUUCCCAGCUAACACAGAGCGUGGUAGGUUAGGGCACCUGUUACAAAAGCCUGAAGUACACUUGGUACCCAUCCUCUUGGUUUGAAAAACUAUUGCUUCUGUAACAUGCUGCUCUUCAUUAAUUUUAGAGACAUAUUGCACUCAAAAUAUUAGACAAAAAGUCCUGUGUGUGUAACCAAAGGAACACCUUGUUGUUUUUCAUGUAUUCUGAACUCUAGAAUUAACAGCUUUUUUGUAUUUUGUCAGCUUGUUAUCAGCUGAGACAGCAACAACAUAAAAGAGGCAUUUCUUGCAAAAUAACUGUUGGAUUUGUGGCCUGCUGUGUUUAACUUAUGUUUCUGCCACUUUGAAGUUGCUGCCAGUGCUCUGCUUCCACACCAAGAUUUGAUUGACAUGUUACUGAAACACAUCAUACUAACAACUGCACGCUUGCCCCACUAUUGAUUGCAGCCAUAUAUUUACCACCUUGCUGAGGAAUCCAAUUCAAAGCUCAGCUAUACCAUCUAUUGUAGCCCAGAUUUUACAAAAGCUAGGAAAUGACAGGAAUGGAUUGUGGUUGUUCCAGGUAACCCACAGCACUUUACUAUCAUUGCAGUCAGCAUACACUGACUCUGCAACCACGCUGGCCUCAGAAAUAGUCUGUAAUGCUCAAAUCUAUUAUAUUACAAUAGAGAAUAGUUGCAUAGAAAAUCACUUGUCCCCUGUUCUCUGCAAACAGUGCCAUGGAAUCCAAGUUUCAAAUGGACAAACCACCAAAGGCGUCUCAGUGGAAGGACUUAACUUCCAACAGUGCAGUGCUUCUCUAGUACCUUACUCUUCAACUUGGAUAGCCUGGGGUGGGACUUUAAGGCUAGGUCUAGACUACGGGGCU